UUCUCGUUGGGUUUUUGUGGUAGCAGCUACCAACCUUCGUUGCCUGAACAACAACUCCACCGUCGUAUCAUUGUGAGGGGGUGGGGGGGAGUGCAGCGCUGGUUGAAAGCUGUAGAGCCUGCACUCGCCUUCCUGUGGCCCCCGGCUUGAGAACCGCUUUCUGAUUGCAGCCUGUCCAUGUGACUAGGCUUCCGUUGCCUGCCUGCUUCCGUGAAUAGUAAAGAGAAGCAUCAGUGCUGCGCCGCGAGCGGAGGACGCCAGGCAGCUCGGCACCGUGUGCGACGCAACAGCGAUCGGGUCAGGGGAGCGCGCGCCAGGGGCCCGGGACCCCCGCAGCCGCCCACCAGACGCCGACUCUCCUCACGCUGUGCCGUCCGCUCAGCAGUAAGGAUGGUAAAAUGCCGGUCCACGGGCCCACCCCCACCCUGCGGCGCCUGCUACCCCUAUGGAUAAUCCUGACGGCCGCCUCCGGUCACCCGCAGCAGAGCCCGUGCCAGCUGAUCCAGAGAACGGCGCUGUGCGGCGGCGGCCGGCUCUCCUCGGUGCCUCCGGGGCUGCCGGACAACACCGAGGAGCUGCAGCUCAACUACAACCACAUCCAGACACUACAGGACGGCGCCGUGGCCCGUUACCCCGCACUAAAGACCCUCAGCUUAGCCUGCAAUCGUUUACAGAGACUAGAAUCAAACGCCUUCCGAGACUCGGAAUUGUUGGAAAGUUUAAAUCUGGCCAAUAACGAGCUUUACGUCGGCUACGAAGAAAGCGGCGCUGCAUUAAAGCGGCUGCCGGGCCUCCGGGCGCUGGACCUGUCCGAGAACAAGCUCCAGGACGAGAUGGCGGCCGUGCUCCUGCAGAACCUGUCGUCCGUGGAGUACCUCAACCUGUCCGGGAACCUGCUGCAGCGGCUGGACGAGGCCUCGCUCCGGGACCUCCAGCAGCUCAGGGAGCUGGACCUGCAGAGGAACCUGCUGUUCGAGCUGGACGACGCCUUCAGGGGCAGCGCCAGGCUGCAGCGCCUCAACCUGGCCUUCAACUCCCUGCUCUGCCUGGUGGACUUCGACAUGGCCCAGCUGCAGGUGCUGAACGCCAGCCACAACUCCAUCGAGUGGUUCAUCUCCAAGCCGGACGCCAACGACACCUUCCUGCUGGAGACGCUGGACCUCUCCGACAACCGCCUGCUCUUCUUCCCGUUCCUGCCGGACCGCAGCCGCCUGCGCAACCUCUACCUGUCGCACAACGCCAUCCGCUUCUACGAACGCUCGGCGGCCAACGCCACCGCCACGGUGGAGUUCUACAACCUGAGGGGGCACGCGGGCAACGUGACGGCCCAGCUGUGGAACGACAGCCUCCAGGGCGACGUCUCGUCCCUGGAGGUCCUGGACCUGGCGGGGAACCAGGUGGACUACCUGCCGCGGGGCUUCGGCGCCAGCAUGCCCGCGCUGUCCCGGCUGCGGCUGCGCGCCAACUGCCUGCGGAGCCUCAACCUGACGUCGGAGCGCUUCCCCGGCAGCCUGCACGAGCUGGACGUCAGCGGCAACCGGCUCGGCGGCGUGGUCGCCGACGCCGGCUCGCUCGGCGCCCUCGGCAACCUGACGUACGUCAACCUGAGCGCCAACCGCCUGCAGCGGCUGCCCGCGCGGCUCUUCCCCUCGCUGCCGAGCCUCAGGACCGUGGACCUCAGCUUCAACGGCAUCCGCAUCUGUUUCCCCGAGGAGGCCGAGGUCCGGACGGAGGCCCCGUCGCCCUGCGUGGACUGGAGAUCCGUCGGGUCCCUGAAGCAGCUGCACCUCCGGGGCUGCGGCAUCAGGGUGGUUCCCUCGGCUGCGUUCGCAGGGUUGAAGCUGACGCACCUGGAGCUGUCUGACAACCCGGGACUCGUCGUCCAGCAGUCGAUGGGAGACCUCGGCAGAACCCUACAGCACCUCGGCUUAGGAAACACUCACAUCCAAGACUUUGACUUCUCCCCCUUCCUACAUUUGAAGUAUUUAAACAUUUCUGGGAACUUCCUGGCCCACCUCCCCCCGUCACUAACACAUCUGGACCUGAGAGUGCUGGACGCCAGGGACAACCGCCUGUCCACCAUCCCCUCGGACCAGGCCAGCGCCUUGGCUGCCAAGCUCCACCAGGUGUUCCUCACGGGAAACCCGUUCAACUGCUGCCAGAGCGAGUGGUUCGGGACCUUUAACGCAACAGAGACAGUCGAUGUGGUUGGAAAAUCCAACAUCGAAUGUGAAGAUCACGUCCGCGUGACGCACAGGGUGGAGCUGCUGCAGCCCUUCCUGUGUGUGGAUGAAGGUGGGGAGUCGGUCCUGUGGUACAUCCUGCUUGUUCUUCCCAUCUGUCUUUUUUUUCUGGUCAUAUCAAUCCUUGUUCUCUUUAACCUCAAACCCAACAUACUGCACAAAUCUAUCAAAAAGAAGUGUCUGAGGCCCACGUCUUACUGACGCUGCAUGCUGACGCAGUACAAUAUGGAAAUAAAGAGCAUUGGCUCCACGAGCGUGCCCAAACUAU